CGAGAGUCCGAAUAACUCACGUGAAGCAGUGCGAGCAGCGGCAUUGUGACAAGUGUGAUUGUUUUAUCUGUUUUAUUGCUGUUGGUUGUUGGUUUGUUGUUCCUUGUUAUUGUUGUUUGUUGGGAGAGAGCCGUAGAGAGGCCGGCUGCAGACGUACGUCAAGUGUUUUUGUUUUCCUUGCGAUCGCGGCAGCCGAUCUCCGCAUCGAACGGCCAGGAGAGGCAGCGGUCAAGCAGGACGAAAUGCAAGUGACCGGAGGCAUGAUGGGACCGACGCACUUAGUGGCCCUUUACGUGGCCACCGCCGGCCUCCAGGGUAACUCCCUCGGUACAGACGAGGAAGAGAUCACGCUGCUUGUCUACGUACUCAUCGACGCUCUGCAGAACAAAGUUAUGGGAAGGCAGCAGUACAUUGUGAAGCCGAUGGUCAUGGAGGAGGAAAGCAACGGUAGCAACGGAAGUGAUAAUCCAGCUGUUGCCGGAAGUAGCGGCAUUGUGAACGAAGUUGCCCUAUCGCAUGCACCAGCCUUGACCGAGCAGACCCUCCGCGAACACGGAAUUCCUCUUCAUCAGGCCAUCCAACAGUUUGAAACAUGGUGGUCGUCGCUUACCUGUGUCGCAGCCGGCAGUACGCCCCGCUUCGUCGUUGAUGGCCAGGCGCCGUUGCGGCAAUGUCUUCAUCCGGAGGCCUGCAACAAGCUGGUCGACCUGCCCAGUCACUACAGCGUCUUCCAUGACCUUAGGAAGGAAUUUUCGUCCUGCUACUCCACCAACGACGAGCUCUCCAUUCUUAGCAUUCUCGAGAUGAUGCAAUACUAUAACCUGCCUCCAGACACGGAUAGCGAUUAUCACGUAAAGGAGAUCCAGGACAUGAUCACCGUAAUGCAGAGGAUGAUAAAGGAUGGACACGUCUUUGAGAAUCCGGAAGCCGUUAAUCUUGUACUUGAGCCUGGUAUAUGCUCGAAAGAUGAGAAAGUAGACAACUACUGCGUUGUAAGAGCACGAGGACUUCCCUGGCAAUCGUCUGACCAAGACGUCGCAAAAUUCUUCCGUGGACUGAAUGUGGCAAAGGGCGGCGUCGCUCUGUGUCUGAGCUCGCAAGGCAGGCGCAACGGCGAGGCACUGGUACGUUUCGUUAGCAAGGAGCACAGGGACAUGGCGCUCAAGAGGCACAAGCACCACAUUGGCCAGCGCUACAUCGAGGUCUACAAGGCCUUGGGCGAGGACUUUGUCUCCGUCGCCGGUGGCACCAACGGCGAAGCCCACGCCUUCCUGUCCCGCGGCGCCCAGGUCAUCGUCAGAAUGCGCGGGCUUCCCUACGACUGCAGCGCCAAGCAAGUGUUGGAGUUCUUUUUGUCGGGACAAAAACCGUGUCAAGUGCUGGACGGUGAGGAUGGCGUUUUAUUCGUUAAGAAGACCGAUGGACGGGCAACGGGCGACGCGUUCGUACUCUUUACUAAAGAAGAAGAUGCGGAAAAGGCUUUAAGCAAGCACAGAGACUGCAUCGGCAACAGAUAUAUCGAAUUGUUCCGGAGCACAACGGCAGAAGUGCAGCAGGUUUUGAAUCGAGUGAGCGAUAUAAAACCCUUCGAAAGACCAAUACUGCCACCCCUGUCCUCUAUUCUUCCGCAACGCUACAUCACCUCUGGUACUCGCAAGGAUUGCGUACGCCUCAGAGGACUUCCUUACGAAGCACUCGUCGAGCAUAUCCUCGAGUUUAUGGGCGAACACUCGAAAAACAUCGAGUAUCAAGGCGUCCACAUGGUUUACAAUGCUCAGGGUCAACCCUCGGGCGAAGCCUUUAUCCAGAUGAACAGCGAGGGUGCGGCAUACGCAUGCGCCUCGCAGCGCCACCACCGUUACAUGAUAUUCGGCAAGAAGCAGCGCUACAUCGAGGUCUUCCAGUGCAGCGGCGAAGACAUGAAUCUGGUGUUGACGGGUGCUCCGCUACCGGGUAAGGCUCUGCUCUCACCCGGCCCACUAGCCGCCGCCGCGGCCGCCGGUGCCGCGCCAAACCCCGGUCCCCCCACCCAGGCCCAGGUUCCCGUACCCGCUCCCCAACCCGCGGCACCCCUCUGGGACAUCCACGCGUUCGUGCAGGCCCAGGCCCAGGCGCACGUGCAGGCACAAGCCCAGGCUCAGGCGCAGGUCCAGGCCCAAGCGCAGGUUCAGGCCGCGCAGGCCCAGGCCCUGAGAAAUCAGGACCUCUGGCUCAUGGCCCUCGCCUCUAACGGUCCCAACCCCAAUCCCUCCCCGACCUCGCCCAAUACCACCACCAAGGCCCUCGCCCUCCCCUCGAGCGUCCCACAGCACCAUCAUCCCCAGCACCACCCGCACCAUCAUCCUACCCUCACUGCAGCCUACAGCCACGAGCAGCAACUCCAUGCCCAGGCGGUCGCCCAGCACGCUGCUGCCGCCAACUCCGCGCCCCUCCUCUUCUUUAACGUGCCCUCGCACAGAAUACCCAUACUUCGGACGCAUGCCCCGCCCGGCUUCAUGGCACCGCCCAUCAUCCCGGGCGCUCCCAUCAACCCCGCGGCUCUCCUGGGUCUCAAGCGUUCCUGGGAGUCGGCCUUUCCCGCGGAGACCGCCGCUGUAGCGACUAAACGCACCACCUGGCAGACACCCGCGGCGGCCUUCCACGCGUCCGCCCAGACCGCCGCUCCGGGUCUCGCCUAUCCCGCCCAGUUCUUCCCACAGAUUUAGAACUCCGAGGGGAAAAAGCCUCGAACCCUUAUCGUCCUCGAAACUCCUGGCGAACCCGCUUCUUCUUCAUCUUCUUUCACUUAUUCGUCUCGCGGCAUCCUUGCGACUCCUUACGGCCACCACAUGGAUCGGCGUGGGCUCGCUUGCCCAA